UCAAGAAAAUUCAAAAUUCAAAUAAAAAGGCAAAACGGUCAUCCGAAUCCAAAGAAAUAUGCAUAAUGCAUCAACGAACGAAAUCAACGCCAUUCUCUCUCUCUCUCUGAUUAUUUUCUUCUUCUCUUUCUUCCUUUAUUUCUAAAUUCUAAUGAAGAGGAGAGAGAGAGAGUGAUGGAGUUAGAAAAAGCAUUUCUUUUCUCGUUGAGCACUUGUUUUUAGCAGCCAUCUAUCUCCAUUCUCCAGCAGCAGUUGAGGAAUUCAAAUAAACGACGUUUUCAAUUUCAGCCAAACAAACACAAAACAAAACAAUGGCAGAUCUUGAUCCCCCUUCUGAUCAUCCUCAAGGGCAAUCCAUGAUGGAGUUUUCCCUGAGAGACGCUUCUCCAUCUCCUCCUCGUGAUUUGGAGAUUCCCCAAAUCAAGUAUUUAGAUUCUCCUGACUUCUUGGACACUACUGGUACUAUUACUAAAUGUCGUCACGACAAAAAUAAUAAUUUAGGGACAUCCGUUGAGCUUUCUUUGGAGAACGGAAUUGAAUCUCAUCACUCCCAAAUUCAGAUUAAGACUCCCUCUGUUAGGUUUUCCCCAUUCUGCCAAACUUUUCAUCAUCAAGAAACUGAAGAAGAUGAUGAUGAUCAUCAUCAUGAAUUAUCUCCAGAAGCUUCUUUUGAGCUCCCGCCGCCGCCCCCCGAAGCUUCCGACGACAAACAUCUCCUUCCCGAUCCCACAACAUCUUCUGCUGAUGGGAAUUUUUUAAGCCAAUCACCAAAGGAAAAUGGUGAAUUUGAGGUGGAAGUGGACUAUGAAAAGCUGGUUAGAGAGUAUGAGUCUCAAAAGGAGGAAUUGACGGAGUUGAGAAUGGUAUUAGAGGAGCUUAAGAGGGAAAACCAAGUCAAAAGUAGAGAGUGUCAAGAAGCUAAGAAGUCUUUAGAGGAACUCCAGAAUGAGCUCAUGCGCAAGUCCAUGCACGUCGGAUCUUUGGCUUUCGCAAUCGAGGGACAAGUGAAGGAGAAGAGCAAAUGGUUCUCCUCUUUGACAGAUUUGACCCGAAAGCUCAAGAUUAUGAAAAUGGAACACAUUAAGAUGGCAGAGGAGGCAUCUGCAUAUGAGAAGUUCCUUGCAGAUAUGAAUGAAAUGAGUUCAACGGUCCAGUCCGCUAUAAAUCAACAAACAAAUUUGAAUGAACACCUCAAGACAAAAUUUGUUGAAGGGGCCAAGGAGAGGAAAGAACUCUACAACAAGGUGCUAGAGCUUAAAGGAAACAUAAGGGUCUUUUGCCGGUGUAGACCUCUAAACAAUGAAGAAACCGAAGCAGGUGCUUCUAUGGUUGUUGACUUCGAAUCUGCUAAAGAUGGCGAGCUUAGUGUGAAAUCAAAUGGGGUUGUAAAAAAGACUUUCAAGUUUGAUGCAGUCUUUUCCCCACAAACAGAACAAGCUGAUGUUUUCAAAGACACAGUGCCAUUUGCAACCUCAGUUCUAGAUGGGUACAAUGUCUGCAUUUUUGCUUACGGACAGACUGGAACUGGAAAAACUUUUACCAUGGAGGGGACGGAAGAAGCUCGAGGAGUAAACUUUAGAAUUCUUGAGGAACUGUUUUGUGUAAUUACAGAGCGACAAAAGUUGUAUCGGUACAGUGUAUCUGUAAGUGUGUUGGAAGUGUACAAUGAGCAAAUACGAGAUUUACUAGGUCCAGGAACUCAAACAGGAGCAGCUGGAAAAAGGCUUGAAAUAAGACAGGUGGGUGAAGGGGUACAUCAUGUGCUAGGACUGGUUGAGGCACAUGUAAGCAACAUGAAUGAAGUCUGGGAGGUUCUUCAAACUGGCAGUAAUGCAAGAGCUGUUGGGUCAACCAAUGCCAAUGAGCAUAGCAGCCGAUCCCACUGCAUUCACUGUGUGAUGGUGAAGGGAGAAAAUUUGUUAAAUGGGGAAUGCACAAGAAGCAAACUAUGGCUGGUGGAUCUUGCUGGAAGCGAGAGAAUAGCGAAGACAGAAGUGCAAGGAGAACGACUCAAGGAAACCCAAAAUAUCAAUCGAUCUCUGUCUGCGCUUGGCGAUGUUAUAUCUGCACUUGCAACUAAAAGCCCCCACGUUCCUUUCAGGAACUCCAAGCUCACGCAUUUGCUGCAAGACUCUUUAGGCGGAGAUUCGAAGACACUCAUGUUUGUACAGAUCAGUCCUAACGAGCGCGAUUUGGGUGAGACCAUCUGCUCGCUAAACUUCGCAAGUAGAGUAAGAGGAGUUGAGUUGGGGCCAGUUAAGAAGCAACUGGAUAAUAUGGAGUAUUUAAGAUACAAACAAUUGGCCGAGAAGGCAAAGAUAGACAUAAAGAGCAAGGAUGUACAAAUGAAGAAGCUGGAGGAAACAGUUUACGGACUGGAACAAAAGCUAAAGGAGAGAGACCUUAAAAAUAAAAACCUGCAAGACAAGGUAAAAGAAUUAGAAGCACAACUUCUAGUCGAGAGAAAGCUAGCACGUCAGCAUGUCGAUACAAAGAUAGCUGAGCAGCAACAACAGCAAAUAAAAUAUCAGCAAGAAGAGCAGAAUACAGCAUCAAUCAUGCCGCCUCUUGGAAACCGACCAUUAGGAAGUCUCAAGAAUGUAACAACCGACACAUCAAGUGUGUUAGCCAAAGACCAAGUGUAUUCCACCCAACCUCUAGUUGAGAAGAACAGCUACAAACCCCAAGUACCCUUUCGUCCAAUGGAAGAAUUUGUCAGGUACAUUGAUAUGACAGAAAAAGAGAACAACCCCGACAUGGCUGAACAUCCUUUUCUGCUGAAGAGAACUGGAAGAGCCUCCAUUUGCCCUAUGGCAAAGAGAAAGCUACCUGCAGCACCCGCUCCAAGGCGCAACUCCCUCAUCCCGUUCCCCAGCACCCCAACCACCACGCAGAUCCCGCUCCAAUUCCUGCCAUUGGCACCAAUCCCUGCUGAUGAGAAAGACGACACAGAUGAGUCCGACGCUAACUGCUUGCCUAAGCAGACAUCUUGCAACAGUCCGAACCUUAUCAAAAGUGGUUCUAGGAAGCUAAGCAACACACUGAGGAGGAGCCUCCAAAAGAGAAUUCAAACAAAGUCACCAAUGCAACAACACUUGAAGAAAGGUGUGAAUGUAGGGAUGGAAAGGGUUAGAGUUUCAAUUGGAAGCCGAGGGAGACCCGCUCACAGGGUGCUACUCGGCAAUGGAAGGAGAAAUACGCCUAAAGGAAUGCAGAAGCAGAGUCAGAAGGAAAAGGAAAGAGGAUGGAAUGUAGGAGCAGUAGGGAGAACAGUUACAUAACGAUGAUGAUGAUAUAUGGUUUUAUAUAUAAACAUUAACACAGACGAAAGGAGGUUAUUCUUGUAGCCCUGCCUUGCUUGGUUGCUGCAUAUUGCAUAUAGAGACUAGGCAGUGUGGUUAUUUUAAUAGUAGGAAAAUGCUAAUCAUCUGUCUGAUUUAUUGUUGUAUCUAGUAAUUUAUGUCAAUCCUGAAUUAUGUACAGAAUGAUCUUUUGACAAUCGUCUGUAUUUUGUUUGGACGUUUGUUUCUCUGUAGAAGGAAUCUUUUGUGUGGCUUUACAAGGUACAUGUU